AAAGUCUAAUGAGCACCUGGAGAAUAAGAUUUCUAUUUAUUUACAUGGCUUUCAAGUAGGAUAUAUUAGGAACAUAGGAAUUUUUAAAAGUUUAGUGUUUUUAAAAAAUUUUCAAUUAUUUUUUAUUUUUUCGUGUACCGGUUAUUUUGUUAAAGAACCUAGAAAAAAAGUAUUCUAAAUUUAUAAUAUUACGAGUCAUUAUAAAAACAUGCAAUAAAAAACGUUGUUCUUAACAAUAAUAAAUCAUAAGGCUUUCACAAUGUUCUUAAUUCAUCCAUUUGUCUUAAAAGUUUAUAAUUCUUUUGUUUUAUUGUUGACAGAGCAUUUACGAAAACUUAACAUCUGUUACACAUAAAAACAACUUUGACGAUAUCGUUAGAAAUUAUCAUCAAGUUUUUUAAGCUUUGUUUUGGUAUAAAAAAAUGCAGGCUGAAUGUUUGACAACUACAAAAUCACGUCGAAGGAAAAGAAAAGGCCAACCACGAAAGUUUGUUUCGAAAACAAAUAUCAAUCCGUUUAAAUGCGAGUUUUGUGAUCGGUUAUUUAAAGCGAAGAAAGGCUUAGUUGUUCAUAUGAAAUGCAUUCAUGGACUGUCAAGUUUCCAACAGAGCCAGGUAGUUAAGCAGAAUAACGAAGACAAAAUUAUCGCUACCGUAAAAUCAGUAAUGGGAAGCAUGCUCAAUCAGAUCGAAAGCUUGGAAGGAAGUGAGCGUCAAACUUUAAAAAGUACAGAAGUAACAAAAGGCAGGCGUGGUAGCGCUAAACGCGCCAAAUAUUCUGUUAAAACCAAAGCUGACAUUGUGAAUGAAUACGAAGGUGGCGCAUCCCAAGACUCAUUAGCAAGAAAAUAUGGUAUAAAUAGGUCUUUGGUUUCAAAAUGGGUGAAAGAUAAGGAGAAAUUAAAACUAGUCGCUAAAUCUGAGUACGAAAAGUUUUUCAAGAUUCACCCUUCGAAAAAAGGAAGAGCAGAUAUAGUCAUUUCCCUGGAUCAAUUGAGAAGAAAAUAACUACCUUCAAAAACUGAUCUGCUUUAUGUGAAAUAUUUUUCGAAAGUUUCUUCUUGUUUCGUACGAAUCGCUAAAAUUUUACACAGUGAAGGAUGACUCACAAAUCAAAAUAGUACGCUACGAUCCGACGUUGUAAGAGCGUUCUUGAAGGUUUAAAUAUUUCAUAACAUACACCAUGCAGUUUUAAAUAGGAAGUAUUUUGAACGGAUGGUCGUCUACAUACGUCCAAAUGCUUUGGAUUUCAGGAAUUGACGAUAAUCAAAUAGUAUCUUUUUUUAUUUUGACGUUUAGUGUAGAGAAGUAGGUGUUUCGAAUAAUGUUUUUUAGAGUACACCUUUAAAUUUUUGAGCCAUUCCCAAAAAUUCAACAUUUGUGUUGGAAAGAAGUUUUUUCGAGAAUUUUUGGGAGCGAUUUUUUCGAUUUGAAGGUAUUUUAUGCAAAAGGUGCUAAUUUUUUGCGACUUAAGCUCUUACGAAAAGUUUUUAAAAUCGGGAAAAUAAAUUCCACAAAUUCUGCCCUUUAGGUAUGCCAAUUGCUUUUAGAUAGAUGUACAUAUUGUAUAUUG